AUGCCAUUCUCCAUCUUUCUCAGAGUAUUUCUGUUGGUCAGGAACAGUCACAAAGGAAAUGUUUACUCUUUACAGAUGUCUGCUAAAGGGAAGAUCAACGUUGAAAAAUGGGACCCCAAUGCAGAUGGAGAACUGAAUGAAGUGAACUUGAGGAAAAAGUUGAAGAAGAAAGGUUGCAACUGUUUGACCUAUGAAUAUCCGCCGGGCACUGUGUUUUGUGACCACACCUAUGGUCACUCCAAGAAGGAUGCUAUCCUUACCGGGCAAUAUGAAGUGUUCAUGUAUGGACAGAAGGCUGUUCUUCAACCUGGAGACAUGAUUGACAUUCCUGCUAACACCAUACAUAACACGGCAGUUGUUGGGAACAAGUUUGUCCAGUUUUUUGAUGCGAGUGUAAUUUAUUAAAUAUAUUUAGAUUCACUUGAGGUCAAACUAUUUUAUCUUAUUCUUCUUUCACUUUCAACUCUAAAGAGCAUUGAUAUUCACGUUCACAGCCAUUUUCUUAUAUUAACCUUAUUUCAACAUGACUCUUUUCCUCUUUAAUCUAACCACUCACUAUUUCUAUGAAGAAAUUCCUCUAUUUGCUGCACUCUUGAAAUACUUUCAGGGGAAACUGGCCAAAGUUAAUUUUUUACAUUUUGACUUACUUUCUGUCUUUGGUUUAUCAAAGACUAUUGGAAAUAAAUUAUAUUGUUUUUCUCUCUCCCUUUUUUUAAUUUCCUCAGUUUAACAAGAAUAUUUGAUAAAUGGAUCAACAUAAAACUAACAUACUUUAACUGUGUUUUUUAAACAUGUCAAUCUAUUUCUCUGAUUUAUUAUAAACUGAUAUGUUGUAUUAAAACUUUUUUUUUAUUUUUGAGAAAUUUUCUUUUGGUUGGGUUGGAAAAUAUGUUACCUUUUAUUAAAUUAUAAAUUAAUAUUAAGGCAGCAAGCUGGCAGAAUUGUUAGAAAAGUGGA